AUGGAAGCUGCUCCUUUGGAAGUUUCAGCGAGAAAUUCCUUCUUCAAACGAACAAGAAACAAUAGUGGAUCGCACUCAAGACAUUCCAACAACAAGAAGAGCUCGUCUUCCCGGCCAUUCCUCAAGCGCCGCGGCUAUGGCCAGCUCGACUGUGACGAUGAUUCCACCUCGGCCGUCGAUUUCCCCGAGCUCUUCCCUUCGUCCGGACCUAAUUUACAAGAAACAACGGAAGAAUCUGGAGUUGAUACUAGUGGAUUCCAAUGUCCUGCUUUGCUCGCCAACUCUCCUUACGAAGAACCCUUAUUGAGCUCCAAUUCGCCUCUUGAAGACCCAAAAUGUUUUGCCCAAGAAAUAGCAGCUGAAGAGAAUGACCCCGAAUUACCUGUUUUUGAAGUGAAUAACCCUCCUCCGCCGAUCCCUGCCCGCCAACUCAAGCAUUCUUCAACCUCGUCGCGAGAUUCUCCCGUUCCAGUUCUCCCAGGCCCUCCACCUUCUCUUUCCCGCCGGCAGAACUCGAGAAAAGAUCGAAAACGACCGGCUUUUGCCCAAAAUAACCAGAAAAAAGCCCCUCCUGUCCGUCAAAUCUCUGUUGGAGAGCAAAUCUUCCCGGCCGACGAAGUCAACCGCGUUCCAGUGAAUCUAUCAAACACUGACAACCCUUUCUCGAUCACGAGUAGACCUAUCUCAACUUCAGUCACUUUUGAAUCGUCCCUAUCUGAAUCGGCAAAAUCGCAAAGUUCGAACUUGCAAAAGAUGAAUCAAUCAAUGAGCUACGGCUGGAGCGAUCUGGAAAAGGAAGGCUCAGAAACAUCCGAAGACGGAUCAAGUCUUCUUCUUCCAAAUAAAUCAACGUGUGGAUUCGCAAAUUUUUCGAUUUCCGAAUCUGACGUUUUUCCUCAGCCAGAAAAGGAAGAGGACGAAGCGCCGCAAGACGCAUUUUCAAGCGAUGGAUCGGACUUCGAAGUCGCCGACUUGGAUCUUUCUACAGAGCCUUUAUCUACAGAAGGCGACGAAGAGACUGUAACUGAGUACGGCUCGACGAACAACCUAGCGCAGUUCGAGCCAGAAGUGCCGAUGGAAGUAAAUUCCGCCAAUUGCGCAUCAGUGAGGCCAAGACCGAAGAGUCUUCAUCUUCCGCAUUUAUCCAGCUCCUCGCAUAUGGGCGGAUCAGCGGAAAGAAUCAGCCCAGGAACACCUACUCCCUGCUCCAAGGGUUCAACUAACGACACGCUUCAUUCUAGUGGACCUGAAAACUGCGGAGUUGAUUAUUUGCUCAACUCGCUUGAUGACAACGAAAACGAAAUGAAUGUCGAUGUGCUUAUGGAUCAGGCGCGAACGACUAGUUUCAGCGGCUUUGUCAAGUUGAAACGAUCGAGAAAACCGAGAAUAAAGGCUCGACAGUGGGUUCCUGUUCAAAUUUCCAUCCCUGACAAAACUGUUUUGAUAUUUUCUGAUGAUGGACGAUUGUUGGAAGAAAUCGACAUCCACGCGAAUCAAAACGUCAGUGCCAUUCAAGUCGAGCAAAGUCAGGAUACCUCGAUGCCCAUUUACGUUGUCAAGCUUCUUCGGACAUUUUACAAGGCAAAGAAACUAGUUGGAAUCGGUUCAGCGAAGAAUUAUUCUGAUUUUGAAUCCUCAACUGCUGUGUACGAAAAAUACGCGACCAAGGUCAAUCAAAUUCUAAAAGUUGGCUUGAAAGACUACAUCGUUGCCCACUCUUUCGCUUCGCUUUUAUCAAAAACUAUCAAAUCCUCCGAACUGGCGUCCGAAGACGUCGAAAUCCUUGCAAGCCCAGUUUGUCGCCUAAUCGUUGAUGUUUUCGAUGAAAUCAGCUGCGAAAUCAACGAAGAUAUGGAAAUUUGCGCUCCCAACUCCUCCCUAGAAACUGCGAUCGAGGUUCUCGCAUUUUCUGUCGACUCUGCUACCUUCGAAUUGAAUCAACACUCAAUCAAUGAGGACAGCAACGAGCUGGAAGAGACCGAAAUUAAUCCUUUCAAUCUUAGGAUUCAUCCUCUUGCGAUACCUCCAGAAGACGAAAAAUACAGCUACGAAGAAACCCGCACUAUCAAAAUAUGCCCUGUUAAUACCGCUCGCAUGGAGAUUUUACGUUUUAACACUGCUGUCGACUCAUUUAACCUUCCAAUCUCGCUGAAAGUCGAUUACACAUUGAGUCCAAAGAACUUCUCAAUCGCCUGCUCGAUGCAUUUUGACGAGGUUCAAGCAUCGCUUAAAAAUGUGACCAUUCAUCUGCCAAUGCCUACCAACUGCGCGAGAUAUUCUACCGACACUUGGUUCAUUUCUAACACAGUUGGGAAAUGGAAGAUCGAAGGCGACUGGAUGAUCUGGUCGAUUGAUUCUCUCAAACUCGAGAACCAGGAAAUGAAGCAACAGUUUCUCUCUGCCGCCUGCCGAGGUAGCAACUCGGAGAAGAUACCAAGUCAGCUGGCGAUUCUUCAAUAUGAGCAGUUGAAUGAAACCGCCGCAUCGAGAGCAAGAAUCAAAAAUGACAAAAUCGAGCUUCAAUCUCAGCGAUGCGUGGAUGAAGAUGCUACAGUCAUAAACUACCGUUCAAAAUACUUCGCAAAAGUUUGGAUUCGACUGAACUGA